UCCUCCAUUAACCCCUUCUUCUCACUCCUUAAAGGGACACCCCGAGCCAAGAUCGCCUCCUCCUUGGUGCUGCCUGGGCAUAUCAGGAGGCUUCCUUCUGUACAGGUGGAGGUGGUCUGAUCUGCAGGACUGUUCUUGGAGAAGCUUCUGGGGUCUCUUCUGUGGACCCCCUCCUCCUCCAUCCUCGCUAUCCUUGCAGGGACAUCUUGUCGUGGACCCCGGGAUGCAGUGUGUGGAGUCACUUGGUGGCCCUGGCUGAGGGUGGUCGUCACCCUGGUGCCUGCCCUCCCCCUUUUAGAGAGCAGAGAACCUUAUAUGGCCGGGGCUGGCGGUGCCGGAGCCUCCUGAGGGUGGUGCUGAAAGGACAGCUCCCAGGAGCCGCUGCCAGGAGCCGCAGAGCCGCCAGGAGCCUGAUGGAGUUGGGGUGCAGCCAUGACCUGGGGGUCCACUCAGCCACAGGAAGGAGCCCCUGAGACCCCCUGAUGAAGAUGAAGCGGCAGAACGUGCGGACCCUGGCCCUGAUCAUCUGCACCUUCACCUACCUCCUGGUGGGCGCCGCAGUCUUCGAUGUCCUGGAGUCGGAUGAGGAGACCACCGAGAAGAAGAGGCUGGAGGACAAGAGGGGCGAACUCCGGACCAAGUACAACCUGACUGAGGACAACUACAAGGAGCUGGAGUGGGUGGUCCUCAAACUCAAGCCCCAUAAGGCCGGGGUGCAGUGGACAUUCGCCGGGUCCUUCUACUUCGCCAUCACUGUGAUCACCACCAUAGGUUAUGGACAUGCUGCUCCCAGCACCGAUGGAGGCAAAGUCUUCUGCAUGUUCUACGCCCUUCUAGGAAUCCCCCUGACCCUGGUCAUGUUCCAGAGCCUGGGUGAGAGGAUCAACACCUUUGUCAGAUAUUUACUCUACCGUAUCAAGAAGUGCCUUAGAAUGAGACGACCGGACGUGUCCAUGGCCAACAUGGUCAUCAUCGGCUUCUUCUCCUGCAUCAGCACCCUGUGCAUCGGAGCGGCGGCGUUCUCCUACUACGAGCAGUGGAGCUUUUUCCAUGCCUACUACUACUGCUUCAUAACCCUCACCACCAUCGGAUUCGGGGACUACGUGGCCCUCCAGAAAGACGCCGCUCUCCAAAACAAGCCCCAGUACGUUGCCUUUAGCUUUGUGUACAUCUUAAUCGGACUGACCGUCAUAGGAGCCUUCCUCAACUUGGUGGUCCUCCGGUUCAUGACCAUGAACGCGGAGGACGAGAAACGGGACGCGGAACAUCGGGCUUUACUCAACAGAAACGGGCCCUCCAGCAUACACACCACGGACUCCAGCUCUUCGACAGGGGGCUUUCGAAACGUGUAUGCUGAAGUCCUUCACUUCCAGUCCAUGUGCUCGUGCCUGUGGUACAAAAGUAGGGAAAAACUACAGUAUUCCAUCCCCAUGAUCAUCCCCCGGGACCUGUCCACCUCAGACACUUGCAUGGAACAGAACCACCCCUCCCCUGGUAGAUGGGUGGGCACGCCAUCCAAUGGAUGUAUCUGUAACAACCAACACUCGGCCAUCAGUUCCGUAUCCACGGGACUGCACAGUCUCUCGGCGUUUCGAGGACUCAUGAAGCGGAGAAGUUCUGUGUAGUCCAGACAGGUCUACAAUAUAGACUUUUUUCUAAUUACAGAUUGCCUACUGAGUGUUCCCUUGUGUACAGUGCUCUUUAUUUGUCAUAAAUUCGGGCCCAUCAUGUAGGUAAUUUGGGCUAAGCUGGUUAUGGUAACAUUGGAGGGUCAUGUAUCAAAGAGUGAGAAAAAAAUAACUAAAAAAUAAAAAAAAAGCCUAGACCUAGAAGCAUCCAAGUGAUGGUGCCACAGAUGUCCUUAUAUUUCUACAUAGAUAUCAUCUCACUGAGCCAAUUCUAUGUGCCAAAACAGGAAAAAAAAUGGCGUCAUAUACACCAAACUAGACCAAUUUUACUAUUUCCGACUUUUAUAUUUGUCUGAAUUGGCCAACAAACUCUUUUUGUUUUGUUUUUUAUAAACAAAAUGAGCAAAACUUCUUCAUAAAUGGCCUGAAAAAUGUCAAGAUGACUCAUUUGAUACAUGACCCUCUUCAUGCCAACGAGUAGGAGAAAGCUCAGCCACAGAGUGGUUACAACCUGUACGGUGAGCGUUGGUGGUGGGUGUGCCCAUUUAUGUUAAUAUACCAUCUGUCAUAUGUUAUACAUCAUACUAUUUAGAGAGUUGGAUGUUCACCAUGAAUUAAAGGGGACCUUUCAUAAAAAAAAUAAAAAAAAAACUUUUGAUAGAUUAUAGAUUAAUGUA